AAAUCAAAUCUUUGUAUAAAUACUUCCCGAGUUUCUCCUCUCUUCCAACAAGAACAACUCACAAGACCGUUAUACAACCUCGGACAGCGGGACUCACAUUGCUAUCUUGUCAAAUACCAAAUUUUUACGUGAACUUACUGGAAUCGCCUCAACAUGCCUAAGAAUAAGGGAAAGGGUGGUAAAAACCGACGUCGUGGCAAGAACGAAAACGACAACGAGAAGCGUGAGCUUAUUUUCAAAGAAGACGGCCAGGAAUACGCCCAGGUCGUUAAGAUGUUGGGAAAUGGUCGUCUAGAGGCCCAGUGCUUCGACGGCGAAAAGCGUCUCGCACACAUUCGAGGGAAAUUGCGCAAGAAGGUGUGGAUCAACCAAGGCGAUAUUAUCCUACUUUCCCUCCGCGACUACCAAGACGAGAAAGGAGAUGUCAUCAUGAAGUACAGCGCCGACGAGGCUCGUAGUCUCAAGGCAUAUGGCGAGCUGCCCGAGAACGCCAAGAUCAACGAAACCGAUACAUAUGGUCACGAAGGCUUCGAAGACAACGUCGAGUUCGACGAGGACCGUGACAGUAGCGACGAAAAGGAGAUCGAUGUCGACGAGAUCUAAGAAAAUCACCACUACAACAUACCCGGCGAGCUUACCACUUUGUCAUUGUUUUCUAAAAGAGUGGUUUACCUCGGGUGGGACACGAGUGCCAUAGGUCGAUCUGCGUCGCUUUUCAUUACUGAAUAAUCUGAGCUAUUUUAUUCACGGGAAAACUUAUUCGGAAACACAGUCAUGAUGUGUCAUUCACGAUGUCGCUUUUCUUGGCUUGGUAUUGAAGAGGGACCGCUUCGAUUUGUUGGGCUCACUCCGAAGAAACAUCAAAGGCAUAACGGGUCAGAAAGUGAUUGACUGGGAGACUCUAUGUUGUGGUUAAGAAUUGGUACGGGCAGAGAAACUUUGACACUCGGUUUUGUUGUGUUGUGUGGCCUUAUACCCAUCAUUUCUCGGUCACAUUAUAGAUAUACGGGCAGGGUGCGGAUGAUGGUUGUGACAUGACUUACGAAGUGUUUACUUGAUUUUGACGUUUUCACCACAUACGCAUUGACUGCAUGUCACGGUUUAUGAACUACAUUUCUCCAUUUUCUCUCAAAAAACUUUACUCCAACAAUCAUGAUUCCAGAAUCGUUUCAUCAUUGGCCGCUGCCUUGCUGGCAGGUUUGCUUUGUCUUUUGCUUGUGAGGAUAUAAUGAAUCUGAAUUCUUAUACAUUGUAUAGCAAUAGAAUGAAAUCUGUCCAUUACAGAUUCACUCUCGGUUACCCUAUAUCAUGGCGGUAAAGGUAGUACAUGUCAGUAAAUCAGGAUGACUCCAAAGCUGAAACUCGCCUAAUGAGCUCAUGAACCUUCUGUCUCAUCCUCAAAAACACUUUUCCUAAAGAACCUAGUGAUCUUCCUUGCUGUUUCCUUCCCAACAAGCGGAUCGAGGUCUUCCACAUCCAUAUUAGCAAUCUCAUGAAUGCUAUUCGUCUCCAAACUCAACCGCUCAAGUACCACCGGUGUGACCCCGGGUACAGCACGAAGCAUAUCCUGCGGAAGUUGAUGAAAUACCCGAUGCUCUAUACCAGCCGCAGCCAUGACAUCGCCCGGAUGCGAAGAUGCCGCAAUAUCAACGUUGAGACCAAUCUGAACCGCCUUUAUAGGGUCGGGUUCUGGGUUAUUCUUUUUCAGCUCUGCGAAUAUUUCGGCUGUUUGGUAUGGUGAUGACGACCAUAUGAUUUUUAAGCGUGGGAAUGCUAGGGUCAGAAGGACGAGCAUGUGCUGUGCGGAUUUGGGAGUUGAUGGGUUGACGAGAGAACUAUUUGCCGCUGAUGCAGGAUUACCGGAUGACGUGAAGACAUAGUCCGAGAGAAAGCUCGUGCUAGGUAGGGAAGCGGAUGCAAAGGCGUCAAAGGUGAAGGACUUGUUUUGCUCAAACUCAAUCAGAAGUAGUGGGUUUUUGUAAUGCUUUAGCAUCGUCUCGGCCUGGUUAUAGAGACGACCGUUUUUCAGAGAGCUGAUCAAGUCACGUACGGACUUGCGCUCCACACAUAUAUCUGGGGUCAAGACGUAGUCUCCGACUGUUAACUGGCAAGGGACAACGACCAUACUACGGCCAUGUAGUAGAGACGGCAACGCGCUUCUAAAUUCGCGAACAUCCACAACGACAGUCGGUGGCGCUGCAGUAGCAGCCAAUCGUCCGCCGCCGGCUAUUCGAGUAUUUACAGUCCUGAGAAACUGUUCCUCGGG